AAAAUUUUGAAUAGACAAACUUCAAGUUGCCCACUGACAAAAUGCAGAACUUCUUAGGCCCCACAUAUCUUUGAAAAAUUCAAUCUUUAUGAUACCCUUCAAGAAUCAAGAUUUACAACUAUUUAGGCAAAAUUCAACAUUAGCAUAGUCUAAAGCUCACAUUUUAGACUUGUUUGUUUGAUUGUUGAAUCUUGUUUCUUUAAAUCAUUCAGUACUGAGGUGUAGGGUCAAUACAGAGAAAAGCCAGAAAGGUGAUGAUGGCAGACACAGUCAGACAGACAGGCAAGAAGACAAUAAUAGCAUUGGAGACUGGGAAGUGUGAAUGUUUAGAGAGGGAGAGAGAAAAGGGACUGCAGAUUUUGUCUGUCUGACUGACUGUCUCUUCAAAGUUAAACCUACCACACUUAAGAUUCUCAGUUGCCACUUUCCACAGCCUUUCUUGAAUGAAACUGUUGAGGCCUUGAGGGAAAUCCCAGUAACCUUAGUAUACUGAGAUUUUCAAGGAGACCAAGUUUUCAGGAGAGAAAUGGAGGCUGGACCAUCAUUCUGUGGUGAAGAAGUGGAGAACCAGAAGGUGGCAGAAGAUGAGGAAGAAAGCAUCACAAGCUAUACCCCUGGUCCUUUGCUUUCUCUUAAAGACCAAAUUGAGAAAGACAAGGAGGAUGAGAGUCUGAGGAGGUGGAAAGAAAAGCUGCUUGGAUGUCUGGAAAGUGACUUAAAUGGGCAAAUGGAGGCUGAAGUGAAAUUCCAUUCUAUUGGAAUCAUAUCCUCUGCCACUGGGGAGAUUACUGCUCCAUUACCCAUUAACAAAGCCCAAGAAGGAGCUGUGCUGUUCACUCUAAAGGAAGGGUCUGAAUAUCAGCUUAAGCUGGCAUUCACUGUAAUGCACAACAUCGUAUCCGGCCUGGCAUACACAAACACUGUAUGGAAGGGUGGUCUUCAAGUUGAUCAAAGCAAAGGAAUGGUGGGCACAUUUGCUCCUCAAAAGGAGCCAUAUGUACAUACUUUGGAGAAGGAGACAACUCCCUCGGGUGUACUUGCCCGAGGAGUGUAUAAAGCAAACCUUAAGUUUGUGGACGAUGACAAGAGAUGCCAUUUGGAGCUCGGUUAUUCUUUUGAAAUCAACAAGGGCAAGUAGUCAAGUUGAAGCCAAACUGCUUUUUUGUGCCUGUUGGUAUAUUCAUAUUGUCCAUUUCAUGUGGACAUUCCCGAGAAUUUGAUUUACCAUCAUCAUGUAUACACAGGGUAUUAUUGCUUCAAAUAACACUCUGAGCUUUAUUAUCCUAUGGGACUUUGUUGGUUAGUGCCAAACAACUAUAAUCUGGGCAUGCAAUUUACUGCCUUUUAUAGAUUA